UCCCCCAUUUUAUUCCCUGCUUUUUUUGUUUGUUAGUGAAGCUCUUGAAGAAUUGUUAUCAAAAUUGAAUACACACGGACCUACAACAUACAGUCGUGGGGAAUUUGAUUUAACUUUUGCAGCGAUGCAUGUGGAGCAAUCGAGGACACUCCUCACGGUGUUUGUGGUCGCUGCUGUCGUGGCCAGAAUACAGGGGCAAGAUGGCAGCCUCUUCAAACGAUCGCCGACACAGGACACAGAGAGCGAAAGUCACCAAGUAACUCUUGCGUCACCGGUAAACACACCAAACCAUCAACCUGCCUCAAAGGCACACGGGCCUCAGGAGCACCAACUUGCUAAGGACUUCCAGAGCGACCAACAAUUUUCAGCUCCCAAUCUAAUCAAGGCCCUGGACGCAGGAGACCCUGCAACUGAACUGGUACCCCACGAGGAUGCACCAGCUUUUUCAGAGAUUGUCUCUUCCGCCACUGUGGCCGCCACGUCUCCACUGAACAUCUUGUUAACUGCAACGUCGAGAUCACCUCAAAUGAAGGUCUUCAAGAUGAGCCGGGAAAAAGACAUGACAAAGUCAUCAACCGAUUUGGGCGGUGACCAAAUCCCAGUGACUUCUCCGCCCUCACAGAACAGUUGGUCACUUGGAUAUUUAUCAGAGAGCGUUAAUAAAGAGCACGACGAGGAACCACGGCUGUCACCGAUGACCACCUCUGACUAUUUACUUCACAAGCCAACCACGAAGUCACAAGUGGAGAGUACGGCCAAAGUAGACAGAGUGAACUACACGACUACAACCAGCACAACAACAUUAGGACCAUGUGGUGUAAAUUUCACUGAACCUGAGGGUGACAUCGAAAUCACUCAACAGCCUAACACUGAAGCUGAGUGUUUCUACUUGGUGACUGUGUACCUCGGAUAUGGUAUUGAAGUUCAGGUGCUAAAUGUAAGUGUUCUGGAGGAAGAGGAAGUGACAGUGGAGGAUACGGGUGGCAGUGAACCCUUCAUCCUUGCCAAGGAUUCUGCGUUGAAGAGUGGGCUUGUACUACGCAGCCAGAGCAACCAAAUUACCGUACGUUUCACGAGUGGUCGACAACAAAAAAGUGGAUUCCUCCUGUUACAUUACCAAGCUUCGAUGCUGAGCUGUUCAUCACCUAGAAAACCUUCUGGUGGAGAGGUUUCAGUGACACAUCUCCAUGUAGGUGGAGAAGCUCGUUUCCAUUGUUUUAGUGGCUACACGUUGCAAGGUCCCAGACUGCUGAUGUGUCACAACGCAACAACACCUUACUGGAGUGGAAAAGAACCACAAUGCAUAGCAUCCUGCGGGGGAUUGAUGAAAAAUGCUACGUAUGGGCGUAUCACGACUCCUGGUUUCCCUGGCAACUACAGCAACAAUCUGACAUGCCACUGGGUCCUGGAGGUCCCUGAAGGCCAUCGGCUCCAUAUUCAUUUUGAGAAAGUGGCUCUGGCAGAGGAUGAUGACAGGUUCCUUAUAAAAAAUGGCGACAAUAUAGACUCUCCACCCAUCUACGACUCCUACGAGGUCGAGUACUUGCCAGUAGAGGGUGUGCUAAGCACUGGGCGCUACCUGUUUAUAGAGUUCACAACAGAUGCUACGGUAACUUCCACUGGUGUAGCCAUCAGAUAUGAAGGCAAGUUCGUUAUAUACACAGACUAUUGUAAAGUGUUAACAUCAGUACCGCAAAAGCAUGUUGUUUUUAUUUAUCUAUUUAUUUUUGCUUUGUUUGCAGCUUUUGCAAACGACAUGUGCUACGAGCCCUUCAUAAAAUACGGCAACUUCACCAGUAGUUACCCUACUUACAGGGUCGGAACCACGGUUGAAUUUUCAUGCGACCCUGGCUACACAUUGGAGCAAGGGGCUGUCGUGAUCGAGUGUGUCAACCCCCAAAAUCCACAGUGGAAUGAAACUGAGCCAGCCUGUAGGGCUGUGUGCAGUGGGGAGGUCACAGACUCUGCCGGUGUUGUGUUGUCUCCUAAUUGGCCUGAGGCCUAUGACAAGGGGCAGGACUGCAUCUGGGGCAUCCACGUGGAGGAGGACAAGAGGAUCAUGCUCGACAUCCAAGUUCUCCAUCUGGGCAAGAAUGACCUGCUGAAGAAAGUGCAUAAAAGGUGGUUUAUAGGUAUUAAUAGAAACUGGUUCCUAACUAAUUGUCUUGUUUUUGGUGAUGCAGUAAUGAAGUGUCUGGAUCCUGGAAACGUGGAGCACAGCCAUAAGGUGAUUUCAGGUGGUCACUUCACCGUUGGAGCCACAGUGCAGUUUAUCUGUAACAAAGGCUACGUCCUCUCUGGCAGCAGCCUCCUCACCUGCUGCAACCGUGAUUUGGCUGCACCCAAGUGGAGUGAGAGGCUGCCCAAGUGUGUCCCUGAGAAGUAUGAACCCUGCAGAAACCCUGGUGCUGCGUCCACCAGUGUACAGAACUCUGAAAAAGCCUUUUACCAAGCGGGAGAGACGCUCAGCUUCUCCUGCCACUCAGGGUACGAGCUGCAGGGCCAGGCCACCAUCUACUGCAUCCCUGGACACCCAUCACUGUGGAAUAGCUCUCCACCUGCAUGUAGAGCAUCCUCAAAGCAUGCAGUGACUGAACAUAAGUUAGACGUGGUUUACAGAGAUUAUGAGCAGCAGGACACCAGUGUUAUUCUUGUUGUUUUAAUUCCAUCUGCGAUCAUCUUGGCAGUUAUUCUCGGGAUUUAUGUCUACUUUUCGAAACUACAGGGGAAGACCAUCAGAAUGCCAACAUCCUUACUGUCACAUGAAAGAAACACGAUGGAAGAGUCGUCUUUUGACAACCCUGCUUUUCAAGGUGGAGUAAGUGCAGAUGUCAUUGAUGUGCAAGACGUUUGUUCACAGAACACCAGUGUGCUGUCCUGAUCCCUUCACCUGCACCAUCUACUUCAUCUUCCCUGACCACAGCAAAGUAACUGUCACAUUCCACGUGUUUACUGUCAUCAUUAUUGUGGUAGAAUUUUCAGCCAUUAAAAUCAUAUACAUGUGUCAUGUCAAAUUGUUAUACUGUUUGCUUUGUUUCAUCCGUAUAUAUGUUGGUUGCAGGUUGGUUAUUUGUAUAUUUCUCAGUGAACAGCGUAAAAAUUUAAAUUAGAUAUUUUUGCAAUUUAUUUUUGCAACUUAAAAAAAUUAGGGGGUUAUUAAAUAUGGGAUACAAUAGGUAACCAUUGCUAAACUGUUAACGGUUAAAAAAAAAGACAACAAAUAGUUCCUACUAUCGCAAGUAGUCACCUGUUUUGUUUCUGACUGUGGUCCGGUACUGCUCUACGUCACUGAAACGUCAGCUACCCGGAUGGAUGCUAAGCUAAGCGACAAUAUUCGAUAUUGUGAAGGCACAUUUUGCUUAACGAAGAAGUUUUAACCAAACAAUAAACAUAACGUUUGGGAUACACAAGCAAAGACACAUAAAC